AUGAUCAAAGGCAAGAACAAGAUCGUGAUCAUGACCAAAGACCGACUAGCCUACAGAAGCUGGAUACCAUACGGCAGGCUAGUCAACGUGAUCAAGAUCACGGAAGAAUCAGAAUUGGCAGCAUUACUGGAAUUCGACUGGUGGCGGCCUGUCGACAACGAGGAUCUCUUCGUCAGCUACGUAGAGAAUCUGAUACAACGGUUCGAGGAUUUCAAAGAGCAGCAGGGUCAUCAUGAGCAGAUCAAUCAGCUUAUAGCCAAGAUCGAGAACGCAUUGCCUAGCCAUGCCGAAAUGACCCAAAGGAGCGCGGGGACGGUAUCAACUAUCCACUCUGAUGAUACACCAUCGGAACAAUCUGUCGAGGUUCCGAUGAGGUCAGGAGCACUGUUGCCAGCGGUGGGGAAACGCUUUUCCAUUGUGAAAGCGCUAAACAGGGCCGGACUGUUCCUACGAGUUCAUCCGGACGGCCACAGUCAGCGUGAACGCUCACUACCGCUUGGAACCUGUCUCGUGUAA